AUGACAUCUGAGGCUUUCAAACUGAAAGACCUCUCUGAAGAAGUCUGCAACGAAUUUAUCAGAGACACUGGAGAAAGGCUUCAGGCACAACUGGUCAGAGAGGUAGAGGAAAAGGCCCUAAGAGAAGCAGAAGAGAAGCCUCUCCUGGAAGAAGAGCAACGGGUUAGAGAAGCUGCAGAGAAGGCUGUUGCUGUGGCGGCUGCUGCUGAAGCUGAGGCAAAAGCAAAAGCCGACGCUGAAGAAGUAGCACACAUAGUUGCGGAAGAAGCUGCAAAGGCUAGCACCGAUGCUCUGACUCAGGGGGAGCAAUCAAACUCUGGCUUCGCUCCUCUGGUUCUGAAGACUCUAGAAGAGCUGCAGAAGGAGCAACAGAUAUCACCCAAAAAGGGGGAGAAUAAAAACAGCUCUGAUGAAAAUAUAUCUAAGCCUCUUGAUGCACUGCGUACAUUAAUAUCUUAA